AUGCCGCCGCCGCAGCCGCCGCGGUGGCUGCCGCUGCCCCAGCCUCGCAGCCAAUCGCUGCGCGCCGCCGGCCCCGAGCCCCGCGCCCAUUGGCGGGCCGCCGUGGCAAGCCAAUUAGACGGCUACCCAGACCGAACCCAUUUUCCUAUUGGCCGCUGGGGUCUCUGGGACUCCCCUGGAGGGAGCCCCGGGGAAUCAGAGUAUUCGGCGCCGGGUCCCGGGAUAGCGCUGCGGGCCCCGGGGCAUCCUUUGUCCAAGACCCCUGAAUUGGACCGCAGCCGGAGGGCGGGGCCCAGCUCUGGGCGGGCCUGGGCAGAAGAGAGGCUGGCGGCCGGGGCUGUGGGUGCCGCCGACCCUGGCCUCAGGUCAACACUCCUGAGCUUCCUCCUCUCUGCCCCUAGGGAUCCUUUGGAGGCCGUGGAUCUCUUGCAGGGGCUUCGAGCUCGAACACGUGGCCCCAAACGGGUCAAGCCAGUCCCAGAGCCCAGGUCCCCAAGAUCAGCUGAGGAGCAGAGAGAAGCUCCCUCGAAGGGACCUGCGGGGGCCUCCGGUGUGUGGGAGGGAGUGGAGGCACGAGCUGGGCUUUGCUGGCUCUUGGCCUGCAAGGUCUUACCAACCUCCCACCCCGUGUCUCAGUUUUUCCCUCUUGAGUUCCAGUACGGCUGGGAAGGCAGCCGCAGGACAGGAGCUUCUCGUGGCUGCUCUCGCACACCUCUGCUACCGGGGGAGCGGGUCCUCGAGUAUCUGCAACUCUCCACUCGCGCACACGCUCGUGUGCCCCCGGAACCUCGCCCCGCCCCACCUUCGCGAGUCCCCGGGCUCAGUCAGCUCCUGCUCCCUCUCACCGCCAGCGCCGCCCCAAAAGGCUGUAGGUGCCCGGGUGCAGAGCGCCGCGGGAGCGCUGGGCGCUGGAGCGAGGUGGGGCGGAGAGGGCGUCGAGCAUUAGACGUCCGGAAAGCACUUCCCCACCUCUGGGAAGGUGGACACGGCGGCGGGACCAAGAAGGAUCCCUUUCGCAAGCACAUGCCUGGUAUCAGGGGAAGGGAACUGAGGACACACAGAGCAGAGUGAAGGCUGGCUAGAGAGGUAGGAAACACCAAAUGCACCUCCUUUCACAACUGUGUCUGCACCUCCUGGAGGAAGAGGAAGGUUCAGCAGUUUUUACUGUACCCUGAAGGCCCCAGAAAGAACCAGAUGUGAUGAGUGGUCACAGGUCCGUCUGUUACCCUCCCUGGGCCUUGAAUAUCUAACCAUCGAAGGCCAAAGGUACCUGCCUCACUGCCUCAUUCGUAUGGGUCAAUG